AUGACACAAUCCGCAAUACUAACACCCAGAAAUGAUUCGGUGGAUCAGAUAAAUGAGUUGUUGAUCAAUAGAUUUCCAGGAAAAGAGUACGUGUAUAUGAGCAUUGAUAAAACAGUCAACCCAGCUGAUCAAGGCCUAUAUGUUGAUUUCAUACAUUCAAUAUGUCCUCCUGGAAUGCCAACUCACAGACUUGUGCUGAAAGAGAAUUGCCUGGUGAUGAUGUUACGAAAUUUGAAUCCUUCCAAGGGAUUAUGCAAUGGAAUGCGACUAAUAUGCCGGAAAUUGCAUAAACAAGUUAUAAUGGCAGAAAUAGUUGUUGGAGAGCAUCAAGGCGAUAUUGUAUUUAUACCUUGUAUCUCACUACAGCUAACUAAUGCUAAACUUUACCCUGUGCAAUUCACCGGGUGUCAAUUUCCAAUAUGGCUAUGUUUUGCAAUGACGAUUAACAAGGCUCAAGGACAGACGUUGGAUAUUGUGGGUGUUAAUUUACCAGAAUCGGUGUUUUCGCACGGACAGCUAUAUGUUGCUCUUUCCCGUGCCAGAGCAGCAUCAAAAAUAAAAGUUAUACUAAAUGGUUCUUAUGAUGGAAACAGAAUUACAACAUCAACUACAAAUAUAGUUUACCAUGAGAUACUAAAUGAGGCGCACUCAAAUUCAAUACAAGGGGACUUGUAG